AUGGCCACAGCUUCUGCGGAAGCCGGCAGAGGUCAGGCCUGCUGGAAUGUGUUCCCUGCCGAAUGGGUCGAGCGAUUGCGUUCGAAGUAUUCCCAGCCAUUGGUUGCAUUAGAGCUGCUUGAGAGUCCAGAGGGCUUCGAAGAUGUGCUUGGAGUCAUUUCUGGAAAUGAUAUUUUGCAGACAGCACUGCUACGGGGACGGCUGCAGGCACUUCGUAAUCAGUUGGCUGUCAAGAGGAAAAUUGUGCAAUCACAGGUGAAUGCAAGGUUCAAGAAGCCUCGUCUGCCUGUACAUCAAUCUGACUCUUCGAGAGCGCAGGAAAAUUUUGCAGUUGCCGCGAAUGCACUGGUACCAUUUAUCCGGAAGCGUGGGAAGUCAGGUUUGGGCAGGUCUCUGCUUGCUGUGGAGGAUGAUCCUGACAUUCUUGAGUCCAGAGAGCGCGAGCGAUGGGUGGAAGUGCUCAGUACUUACAUCAUUGAUGCUCAGUUGCCUGUAGUCUCCUUGAUUGAAGGUUCAGAGGAUCGUCGGCAAGCCUGGCGCAGGGUGUUCGGAGCCCGGAGGGCCAAGACCUUGAGGAACCGUGCAAGAUCCUUUAAGCAUUACCGCAUGUGGUUGGAGACGGUCAGAGGUUUGGCCUGGCCCUCACGCGUCUCAGACGUUACGGAUUUUCUGGAGGAACGUUCGAAGGAUGGCUGUGGGUUCAGUGUGCCUGGGGAGCUUCUGGCUGCUUUAUCUGUACUGGAGUCCGUGGGCAGAGUUCACAUGAGGGAUAGGUUCUCCUUGGAUGAGACAGUCAAGGCCGUGGCGCAGUCCAUUACCGAGGAACUGCAGGGCCGUGCGGCGCCACGCCGCCCAGCCAAGUUGUAUACGAUGGCCAUGCUUAUUGCUUUAGAGAUUCAUGUUUUGGACGAGGAUGCUUCUUUGUUUUCGCGAAUCAUUGCCUGGGUGAUUUCUUUGCAACAUUGGACUGCUAUGAGAGCUGACGAUGUUCAAUGGUUGGAUCCGGGGCGUAUGACGCUCACUGAUAGCGGCCUUUCCGGAGUACUUAGACGGACCAAGACCACGGGUCCUGGUCGCAGGGCACGCGAGGUGCCUGUCUACGUGGGCCGCGAGGUUUCGCUCUCAGGAAAUGAUUGGUUGCAAGUGGGCUUUGCUCUGUUCAAGAUGCCGGAAGUUUACUGGGAGCGCAUGUAUUUUCUUCCUUUUCCUUCUGCAGACUGGACUGGUGGAGUCAAGAAGCAUUUGUCACCUGAGAUGCUGAAUGUAUGCAUCAAGCGGGUACUUGCAGAGCUAUCUGUGCCCCAGCGAGGAGAGCAUGCUUGGGUCAAGAGCUCCAUGAGUUUGCUGCCUCAGGAGCUGUUGCCGUACUGGUCCGGUCACUCUGCAAGACAUUGGCUGCCUUCUUGGGCGGCCACACUUGGGGUUUCAAAGCCAGAUAGAGAUUUCCUGGGAAGGUGGCAAGCUGGAGUGCAUGAGAGCAAUGAGUACAUUGUCACCUCGCGGGAGGUGGUACACCGUGUGCAGAUGCAGGUCGUGGAAGGUGCUGCAGUGGGCCACUCCGGAAUUGAUGAGCGUCCGCUGCUAAAUGAGUUGCAGGAAUUUGCAAACACACGCGGGGUCAGCUUUGCCAGAGGGGCUGCCCGCCACCGUGUGUGGCGGACGAAUGACUCAGGACAUCGUGCUUUGCUGCUAGGGUUUCCACUUGAUUAUGAGCAUAUCACCGAAGGGCUGGACGUGGAGGCUGCACUGGAGGUGAUCGUGGAAGAUGAAGAUGGGCUAGAUCCCGAUGUUUCGUGCUUUCCUUAUUGGGUCUCUAUUUCGAGACGCAGCCAGUUUCGGCGGCUUCAUGCCAAGGAUAAGUGCGGGAUCAUGCCUUGGAGUGUUUUUCGUGCAGAAGGUUUCAGAAGUGUUGAUUCUGCCAAUGCCGAUGCUUGGUGUAAGACUUGUUGGAAGAAGGUGUCAUGUGAAGAGGCUUCGGCCUCUCAGGAAGUUUCAUCCUCGGGAUCCUCCUCCAGCACCGAGUUGGAAGAGCCUGAGCAAGCGUCUCAGGAAGAGUGA